AUGGAGACAGAAGAGAAAGAGGAUGUGUCACAAAAACGCACAGCUGUUGUAAAGGCAGAGGCGGAGGAUGAUGUGACCUCCGGCCACACCUGCGGGGUGUGUGGUCGUAGCUUUCCUCUGCUCAGCUCUUUAUCCCAACACAUGAGAAGACACACCCGGGAGAAGCCGUACAAGUGUCCGUACUGUGAGCACAGGACGGCUCAGAAGGGCAGUCUGAAGGCCCACAUUCGAAGCCAUAAACUGGGUCUUUUCAACCAUCAAAUCGGUGACAAGGAGGGGGAUGGAGAACAAGGGCAGAAAGAUAACGCUGUCAUCAACACACCUGACAAAGGUCAUACUGUCAAUGGGAAGGUGAAGAAGAAAGGAGCCAAGAAAAAGGUUAAGGCUAAAGAUGUCAGUGGUGAUGGUGGGGCUGAUGCUGGACCCUUCACUUGCACCAUUUGUAGCCAGGUUUUCCCUCAGGUAUUACUCCUUAAAUCUCACAUGAAAAGGCACCGCAACGCCCAGGACCAUGGUUGCCGGAUUUGUGGACGUCGCUUCCGCCAAGCAUGGUUCCUCCAAAGUCACAUGCGUAUUCACCGGGUUAAAGCCCAGCUGCGGGGUGGCAAGAACAAUGAUCUGCCUGCCACCAUCAAUGGGAUUCCUCAGGACCCUGCAUCACUGACAAAUGAGGAGUGCCUCUAUGAGCUAUGUGCCGGCUGUGGUAACUUCUUCUAUGAUCGUAAGACCCUGCGAAUACACGAAAAGCUACAUAAACUGAACCAGAGCCGCAGUCUGAUACAAAACCCACCACAAGAAGACCUCAAGGCCUCUGAUUCUCACACUGCUAAGAGCCAGUUUUUGGAAAGCCUGAACCUCACUUGUGCUGGACCUAAGGAAACCCCUGAGGAAAAUAGCCUAGGUAGGCGAAUUCCAGAGCUGGAUCCUGUCUGUAGUUACCAGGCCUGGCAGUUAGCCACAAGGGGCCGUCUAGUGGAGGCCACAGAGAAAUGUUUGGGAUGGGAGGAGAGACUUGCGGAUGCUGAGGUGGCAUAUGACAUGGAGAAGGGUGAGUACGUACCCCUGAAACAAGAGAAGAAGAGAAAGCAAAUUGACACUUCCAGCUCCAACGUUAAGAAGAAGAAAGGCGAUAUUGGCUUUGAUCAGACAUCAAACAGCCUCGCUCAUACUAAAGGUGGCGACAAGAAGAUUAUCCAGAAGGACCGCAUUCUGUUGAACGGGCUGGGUCAUGCGUUCUAUGAGGCGCUACAGAGUAAGAAGGUCAAAGAUGUUAGCUUCUCACCUAAACAGACCAGCGCCAUCAGGAACCAAGACUAUGAGGAUAAAAAACCCUUCUUCUGUGAGCACUGUGAUUUCCACACUAUCGACGCCUCACUACUCAGGUCUCAUGUGCACAUGCAGCACCAGGACUUGCUGGGUCCUUACAGCAAACAGAGCACCAUUUUGGGCAACAUUAGCCAAAGUGGCUCUAAAGCCUCAAUAUACAUGGACUACCUCAGAAACAGGAGUGUUUUGCUUAGUCAGCCAUAUUGGAGUCCCUACGGAUGUCCGCCUGGACAGGGCUCAGCAGAGACAAACAUUAAAAAAGAAAAGUCAAAUGAUACGGAGGUCAAAGGGCAGGGACAUACACAGAGUGAUGCCAGCAGUCUUCUCAAUUUGUCUGCAUUACCUGCAAGUAAAGUAAAUGAAAAUGUAAAUUAUCCAGUUAAAACAGAAGGCCUGGUGAGACAUCAGUGUCCAUACUGCUCGCACACUACUAACUACCCAGAGGUGCUGUGGAUCCACCAGCGGGUGGCACACAAGGUGGAUAACAGCAGCUCCAUGGCACCCAAGUGGGCACCCUGUUUGAACAGCCUAAAGAGUGUAAAGGCAGGUUCUUCCCAGUGGAGACGCACAGGUCCUCCACCAUUCCUCGAAGGCAAGGACUGCCCAGCUUUACCUGCUCCAAGAACUCAGCGCACACAGCCACCAGGUCUCACAGCCCAUAGCAGCAGCAGUAGUAAGCACUCUGCCCAUAAGACCCAAUCAGGUGUCCCAAAGUCCAAGCAUCAGUCAAAGGACUCACGAUCUUCAGAUGGGACACAUUCUAGUGGUAGAGCGGGACUUCUACCUCAAAAGAAGUCUAGUGAACAGAACCGGGCAGCAGAAGGGGGAAGUAAAGGCUCCAGCGCCCAAGCUACUUCAUCAAGUAGUAUCGUUCAUAGCAAGAGUGUCUCCAGUUUCCAGCCUACCAGCAGCCCCAAACACAGAGGCCACAGAGCUGCAGUGGAGGGAAACUUCCCACAAGAGGGUUUGGGAUUUAUGUUGGCUCGAAAUCACGGCAGCACCUCAUCUAACGCAGCCGCAGAUAGACUCCAUCCCCGCAGGCAGUCAUGUGACUCCUCCUCAGGUCCAAAGGGUCCUGAUCUUUGGGCCGCCAUGAAUAUGUGGGGGCACAAAGCAUAUUUGGAACCACUCCUUUUUGCUCAGGGAAAGAGUGAGUCAACAGGCGAAAUGCCAAUGGACAUUGAUAUUUUGAGUCUCCUGAAAAACUACAGUCCCCAUGAAUUGGCUGCUCUCUACCAGCACUGGGGGUUUGUCGACCCCAGGCUCGAUCCACAAGCAAUGUUGCAAUUAAAUGGAAAUUUUGGAAAUGAAGUCCAUACCUCUUCUGAAGCUUCCAAACAGGUGAACAGCCGCUCCACUUCAUCCUCAGGGUCUCUACAUAAAGGAACGUGA